GUGACGUGGAAUACCAGGAAAUGAUAAUUGGGGAAGUGAUGUGUUGGCAUUUUAGGGAGAAUUUGGUGCAAAAUACAGCAACUCUGUCAAUUAUCUCUUACAUGUGUGGACUGCAGACAGGCAACCUGAGAAUGCAGAGAUAUCUUGAAUAAGCAACAUUAUUUCGACUUACUGAGUAGAACUCUUCUCUUCUUCUUCCCAGGUGAGGAUGGGGAGGAAAGAUGCAAGCGCUACAAUGGCCCCGGUCGAUCAGUACCGUAAACAGAUCGGUAAACAAGACUACAAGAAGACCAAGUCAGAUCUGAAGUUGACGAGGUUGAGGGCCGAGGCCAAGAAGAGUGCUCCUGGAAUAAGGGAUGCUUUCCUGGUCGUCUUAGCCAUCCUGGUGUUCAUGCUCUGUGUGUACGCGUUCUUCUACCUCAACCUGAGCACUGAACUGGACCUGGAUAUGGACUAGAGCAGGACAACUUAACCUCGGGGUCUUGCUGGGCUCAGGCUCUGUCAACGUGGCUCAUUGUCUAUUCUCAGGCUCUGUCAACAUGGCAUGGCUCAUUGGCUAUAGUCAGGCUCUGUCAACAUGGCAUGGCUCAUUGGCUAUAGUCAGGCUCUGUCAACAUGGCUCAUUGAAUCAUCUGGAUGCAAAUUUGACCCAAUAUUCUUUUUCAUUUUUUUUUUUUUGCCUGAUUCCAUGUCGUUUUUUCCUUAUUUCUGUUUUCUCCAGUUUUAUUUUUUUUGGGGGGGGGGGGGCUUUUGUUCUCAAAAUCACACUUUUAUAGAACAUUCCAUUUUAGUUGUGGUUCUAAGUCCAGUCCAGAUAUAAUUUUCGAAGCAAGUGCACACCAGCAAUAGACUUGUUUGAUAAGCGAUGACACUGUAGCCUUCAUGUGAUGGCAUAGUUUGCAAAACAAUUGGCCACUGCAUUGUUGCAAAUAAUCAUAUCAUUCAGACAAUUAGGAAUAGUCUACUUUUUUGUAGUUAACAUUUAAUUGAGAAGUUAUUUUGAGGGGAAGGAAAGCUUUAACAUCUACCAAGAAGACGGUUGACAUUGCAUUAGCAUCAUCGCUAACAGCUACACAGAGCGGUAGAGAAAUGCGCGAACACAGACAGAGAGGCAGUCCUGUUGCCUCUUCAGAAAUAUAAAUCACUGAUACAUUUUAUUCAUGUCUUUUAUAGUAAUGUUGAGAAUAUUAAUGAAUGUUAUAAGUUCAAUAAAUUUUGGAAUAUUGUUUUAA